UCUGAUCAGAAACCCGAUCUCUUAUAAAGCUGGAGCACUUUUGACUUGAAAUAGAUUGAAACCGUCGCAAAUUAAGGAUAUUUUAAAACGACAUCUGCAAAGAAGAAUUUAAAAAGAUAUAUUAUUAAAAUAGUAGUUUGAAUAAACGUUGUCUCGCAGAAUGUUCAAGGAAUGGGUUACGGUUAUUUCUGCUGUUAUUCAACUUUUGUUAUUACAAGUAACAGGACAGUCACCGAAAAGCGGCUUGUGCAUUGGGAAUGAUUGCUAUACCAUACACGAGGACUCCAAGACGUUUCAAAAUGCAAAUGAUGCGUGCAACAAGCAACAAGGGCAUUUAAUGACAGUGCGAUCAACAGUGGCUAACGAUGUAAUUUCUAUCCUGAUUCCUAACAAACAAGGAGAUUUCUGGAUUGGCUUGGAGCUUCGUAAAGGGCAAUGCACGAACUAUGAUACAACACUAAGAGGGUACGAGUGGGUAACAGGAGAUGAAAGCACAAAUUUUUCAAAUUGGAAAGGCAAUGAUUCCGCAUGCACCCAGCAGUGUGUUUCAGUUUCCAGUGAUCUAAACUGGGAAGAAAGAUCAUGUCAGGAUAAGGUGGCAGGAUUUUUGUGUGAAUACAAUUUCAAUAAAACAUGUGACGCACUACCUCCAGAUACGGACCGCUCGAUUCUAUACAGCACACCACUGGGCUUUCAGGGAUUUGACCUUCUAUCACUUCCACCGGGAAGUACCGCAACCUGUUCACCCUCUGGUUUCAAGGCGUAUUGUUCCAGUAAAGGUAAUGGCAGUGCUGAAUGGGCCGAGGGUCCUUGGGAUUGCCAAACUAAUAAUGGUGGCUGUGAACAUCAAUGCCAAAUGAACAACAAUCAGCCCCAGUGCCUCUGUCCACCAGGCCGUGAGCUAAAAGAUAAUAAGAUGAGUUGCACGAAAAUAGAUGCAUGCAGCAUUACAACUUGCGAGCAUCUGUGUGUCCCUCAUGAAGGCAGUUACAUCUGUAUGUGUAAAGACGGAUAUGAGCUGGAUCUGGAUGGCAAGCAAUGCAGAGACAUUGAUGACUGUAAAAUGGGGCACAAUCUUUGUGACCAGGACCGGGUGUGUGUGAACACACCUGGAAGUUUCGAAUGUAAGUGCAAAUCUGGGUUUGCUGAUGUGAAUGGGAAAUGUGAAGAUGUUAAUGAAUGUCAGUUAGGACCCUGUGAGCAUGACUGUAAAAAUGUACUGGGGAGCUACCAGUGUUCAUGCUUUAAAGGGUACAUUAAAGACUCUGCAGACCAUCACAAAUGUAAAAAGCUUUGUUAUGCUUCUGAAUGUACUGCAGAAUGUGAUCCAAAUAAAACCUGGCACUGUACAUGUCCAGAUGGAUUUGUAUUGGACACCAGGGAACAUUUAUUUGUAUGUGUUGACUUAAACGAAUGCGAGACAGGGACCUACUGUGAUCAGCUGUGCAAUAACUCAUUUGGAAGUUAUACGUGUUAUUGCCGCGAAGGACACUCUCUUCACAGUGAUGGGCAUUCUUGUAUUUCUGAAGAUAUUGAAGAAGGUUCCAGCACCACAAGCGUUACUCCAGUCAUUAGUGUUUUUGCUACCCCCACUUCAAACUAUACUGUAGAGGGGGAAACUAUUUUAACACCCGGAGCUCUUCUCGGAAUCAUCAUUUGUAUCGUGGUGAUGAUUUUGGUCCUAGUUUUCCUUGUGCACCACGUUCUUAAACAGCGUGUAAAAUGGGAUGCCUCGUCAGACUUUAAAAGCAUAGGCGCAGAACGAGAAGUCUGCCUUCAACAGGUGACCACAGAGAAAUACAUAAAAACAUCUUCGUUUGUUAAGAGAAAUUUAAAAACAGAGACAUGAACGUUUUAUUACCAGUUAACAAAACGGAACCUGCCAUUUCUUAAAAGGUGUAUGGCCAGCUGUAGCCUACUCGAAACCUUAACUGUCAUAAACAUAUUUAGAAUUAAAAAAAAAAAAAAAAAAACGCGUUCAAAAUGAAAUGGAAUGCACGGCAAAAUGCAAAAAGGGUAUUGGUUGUAAAAAGUUAUUAUUUAAUUGAAAAGCUAUUAUCCCAUGUAAUUAAGACGUAUUUGAGUUUACUUGCAUGGUAAAACUUUUUUUUUUGCUGACCUAUAUAUUAUUUGAGUUGCAGCAUUACUAAACUUUCUAUGGGCAAAGACUGAAGGUAACCAGUAUUUGGUCACGCUCUCAAAUAACAUUAUAAUACCGUACCACAGUUUUAUGUGGCAGGAAGAAGUUAUCUUGCUCUUAUACCAUCACGGUAAAAAAAAAAAAAAAAUUAAAGAAUUAAACACAAUCUUAUACACCAAGUUUUUUGAACACCUAAUUCCUAAAAAUGUAUAACAUGCAUUUAUUUUGCUAUCAACAGUCGGAAACAUUGAAUUGCGAUGAAUAAGAUGUGACUAAGCAUUUAACUUUUGGUUUUACAGUGAUGUACUUAAACCGUCACAACAUAGCAUUUAAAUAUUGUGUCAGGUUAACAUAAUUUUCUGAGUGAUUUUCAUCCCUAAAUUGCAUUAUUUUGGAACGCGUGGUUGUGUGGUCAUAAAACUAUUGGAUUCUGUAAAACUGCAUAAAUGUAAUUUAAAUAUGUAAAUGUUAAUUUGACAUUUUGUUUUAUGUUCUGAUAUUUACUUUAAUAAAAAAGUAGAUUAUUGUUACACUACUUUAUUUUUUUUUAACAAUGUUAUAUAAAUUGCAGUGCUUCAAUUUAUUUUUUUGUGCACAGAUUAUUGGGGAACAGUGGUCAAAAACAAAUAGUAGUUUUGCUAUGCCAAGAGUAUUCAAAAUGUUUAAUCGUGAUUACAUGUAAAUACCAUGUCUAAAAGGUAAAGAUUAUUUAUUUAUAAUGAGCAUAUUUUCAUUUUUCUGUUUUUUUUUUAAAAUAAAAUAUAUAUUCUAAUUAAUUUCAAUAUGAAUUUGUAUACAAUGUUUAAAUUAAUGUGGGUGCUCUCUGGAUAGUGAUUUUUCAUUUUGCAACAUGUAUUUAACAUAAUUUUAAACUAUAAUAUUCAGUAGCCUUAAAAGAAGCACACCUUGUGCUCAUUAUAUACUAAUUUGUGUCAACUGAAUAAUCUGUCAAGUUUAAGGGCUGUUGUGAGUUUUUAUCUUCAUUGGAUACUUUUCUAAUUUGCUAAUGUUAUGAUACACAGUAGAUUUUAGGUUUAAAAUAUAUCCUUUAAAUUGAAUGAUGCUACAGUCAAGCAUCGAGCAAAAGGUCCACCAUACAUUGUAAACCAAAUGUUUAAAAUGCAACUUAUUUUAAGCAUACAUUUUAAACACAUAAAACGUCAAUGUUAUUUUACGGUCAAAAGACUGGCAGCCGAGCUGACAGUCCUUUUACUGUCAAAUUAGGUUCAGAACCAUAUGGUCUCUUCUGUUACAUUUACAUCAAAUCAAAUUAAAAUUUGACUGGGAUUUACCAUAAAAUAACUGUGUUAUUCUGUAUUUUGAGCGUUUUCUACAAAGAAAUACUUUUAAAUAAUGGUUAAUCCACAUAAAAUAAUUGUUUUAUCAUGUAUUUCACUUUUUUUUUUACUGUAAUUUGACACAGAAAUACUUUAAAAUAAAUGGUUUAUCCACAUAAAACAAAA